UGCCUACACGGAGCCCUACAAGGUGUGCCCAGUCUCUGUGAUACCGAUGGAGGUUGUCACAUCAGAUGAGGAACAGAAGAGUUCAGAAGACGACGAGAGCAGCCCGGGUGAUCCCAGCCUCAUCAACAAGAAAGAAGGCCAGUCCAGAGCUUACCUCAUUGCCCAGGAGCUGAUGUCUUCAGAAAAAGUAUACGUGGAGAUGCUCCAGCUGUUAUGUAUGGAUUUCUAUGAAGGUAUCUUGAAAGUGCUUGGAGAAGAAGACGAAAAUGAACAGGAAGAAGUUAAACUCAAGCAGGGCUUAAGUGAACUCCCUGAAAUUUAUGAAUUACACCAAGACAUCCUGGGAGAACUGGAAGAAAGAGUCCUUAAAUGGGAGGAACACCAGAAAGUUGCUGACGUUUUUCUGUCCAGAAAAUCAAGGCUGAAUCACCACACAGAUUACAUUAUGCAGUUUGAUAGGAAUUUGGCUUUGCUAGAUGAAACCUGCCUUAAAUAUUCCCAACUGGCUACCAUAAUUCAGGAGUUUGAGCAGAGCUCUGGUGGCAGCCCUCAGAGUGUGAAACACCAGCUUUUGAAAGUGGUGCAGCGUGUCUUCCAGUAUCGUGUGCUGCUCACAGAUUACUUGAAUAAUCUUUGUCCUGAUUCUACAGAGUAUGAAGCCACACAAGCUGCCUUAUUCAUUGUUUCUGAAAUCACGGACCGAGCCAACGACAGCAUGCUCCAAGCGGAAAACUUGCAGAAGCUGGUACACAUUGAGCACAGUGUGAGAGGGCAGAGUGGCCUCCUCCAGCCAGGAAGGGUCUUUGUUAAAGAGGGAACGCUGAUGAAAGUCUCUGGAAAAAACAAGCACCCUCGCCAUUUGUUCUUGAUGAAUGAUGUUCUGCUGUACACAUAUCCCCAGAAGGAUGGCAAAUACCGACUGAAAAACACCUUGGCUGUGUCAGGCAUGAAGGUCAGCCGCCCAGUGACAGAAAAAGCCCAAAACGUCCUGAAGAUUGAAUAUGAUGAAUGUUGCCUGACCCUGUCAGCAAGCUCUUGCUCGGAAAGGGAUGACUGGUACAGCUGCAUCAGCAGACACAUCCCAGAUGACUACAAAGCUCACACCACUUCCACUUUCCACAGCAGCGUGGAG